AUGAAUUCAUUCUCCCUUAUAAGAUCCCCUUCGGAAAGGUCCCACUCGCCUGCUGAAGUUAAGCACAUGAUUUUUGUUAGUCUUUUAAAAGAAGGAAGAGGCGCUCCAAGGGGUAUUCCCUCUAAGACUUUGACAAACCUUUCGAUCUACGAUCCCAACCCGGCUUUUAUAUUUGCCGCUUCUAUGUCACUAGGAGAGGAUGAGAGUCUACAGUCAAUUGUUGAGAAAGCUGCAAUAGAUAAUGCCAAGUGUGACAAGCUACGCGAAGAUAUACGCUGGUAUCUAAAACACCCCGAUGCUGAAAAUAUGAGAAAAUCAGUCGAGACGCUUCUUGAUGAGGACAUCAUGGCGAGGGGCCUUUUAAGGAAGGAUCCAGACAUACUCAAGAGAACAAUUCUGGCAAAGGCUUUUCUUCUUGUGGAGGAUUUCGAGCGAGAAAGACUCGACGUUGAAGCUGAGAACGAAAGUUAUGAUUUUGCAAUUCAAUUAGUGACUUUGAUAAAUGGCUGGGGGGAAGCUUCUCAGGUUAACUUGCUGUAUUUCAAGUACAAGACAUCUUUCGAAAGGUUUGAGCGUACGCUCAAGGAUGAAACUCGAAGUAGCAAGAUUCCACCCGGGAACAUUGUAUUGCCUGCUCUCUCUUGGCCGUCUUUUGGUUUUGGGGCUGAAGAAUUUCAAAUGUGCAAUGAGAAUUCCGAGAAUACAUCUGGUACUCAGAAUGCGAAUCAGAAUGGCAUGUUGACAGAGAGUCCAGAAUUCGUUCAGAAAUUCUCAGCAACAGCAGGACGAGACCACGCUGAUAAGGGCUUCAAUCUUGCGGAUGGUCCAUGGAUGUACCGAUUACCACAUACAGGUAAAGAUCCUGCUAACAAACCAGGGUGGCUACCGAUCAGGGAGAAAGAUGAAUAUAUGGUUAUGCUGGACGGUAUCCGCCGUGUCAACUUCAAGUAUGCAGAGUGGGGACAGUCAACGAAAUGCAGUGUCAUGAUUAUGCAUUCGUUGGAUCGAGACUGUCAACAGAGAUAUUUUGAUAGACGUGAAGAGGAGCGCGCUUACAGUGCAGAAUGGGAGAAGGAACUGGAAAAGGCUGGAUUUUUUGAUAACGAAGAUGCCAUUGGUGAAUACGGAGAUGAUUGGACUGAAAACUGGAAUAAAAUCAAUAAGCCUCUCCCAAAGCUUAUACGGAAGACGGAAGCCUAA